AUGUCUAGAUACCUGCGGGUAGCCCUGGGCAUCAGCAGCGUCUUCCUCCAGGGUCUGCGCAGCUCCUCCGCCGCCGUGCCCCUGGCCGCAAGGCUGGAGAAGGGCAAGGGUCUCUCCUACGAGAGCCUGAACAGCUGCUUGGUGGAGUACAUCGAGAAGGUGCGAGCUCUCGAGCAGGUCAACCAGGAGCUGGAGGAGCACAUCAGGGUCUACCUGGACAAGAAAGCGGCCAGUGUGAGCAGCUGGGGAGCGCUGCGGGAGAGCUGGGAGGCGACCUACCGUCAGGUGGGUGAAGCAGUCCUUGAAAAUGCUCGUCUUAUGCUGCACACUGAGAACAUUCAAGCCUGUGCUGAAGACUUUAAAGACAGGUAUGAAAAUGAACAACCAUUCAGAAAGGCAGUGGAAGAUGAAAUUAAUUCCCUAUAUAAAGUGAUUGACGAUGCUCAUUUAACUAAAAUGGAUCUGGAGAGUCAGAUAGAGAGCAUGAAAGAAGAACUAACUUUGCUGUCAAAGACACAUGAAGAAGAUGUGAAGGUGUUGUACAAGCAGCUUGCUGGAUCUCAGCUGGAAGACCUUGAUGUUCCCCUGGGAACUGGCCUGGACGACAUACUGGAAAAAAUCAGAAUCCACUGGGAGAGAGACAUUGAAAAGAAUCGUGCUGAGACAGGUGCUGUGCUCCGUACCAAGCAACAGGCUGAAGCGAUGGCUGCCGUGCGAACCCAGGAGGAAGAGCUGGUGGAGGGCCUCAGAACUGAGUUCCAUGAAACUGCCUGCAAAAUACAGAGCCUGCAAGCAGAAACUGAAUCUUUGAGAACCUUGAAGAGGGGUCUGGAGAACUCUUUAUACGAUGCCAAGCACUGGCAUGACAUCGAACUGCAGAACCUAGGCUCUGUCAUUUCCAAGCUGGAGGCAGAGAUGGGAGAAAUCAAAGGAGAAACCGAGCAGCAGCAGCGGGAUCGUGAAAAUCUUCUGACCAGCAAACAACAGCUGGAGAAAGACAUUGCUGCAUACCACUGCCUUCUGGAUGAAGAACAAAGCAGGUACUUGUCAUUAAAAGCAACUGAUUACGAAACUCCCAGCCCACAGAAGACCAUUGCCAUUAAAGCAAACGAAGAUGUCACUGCCAACUAUGUCCGUGGAAGCUAA